GCAAAGGGGCACGGGCCGACGGGCGGCGCACCACCCCCUCCACCUCUCCGCCUCCACGACUUGCCCAGCUCGUUCCCCACGCCCCGCGUCCCUCUCCACCCACCCGGGCCAACCGAAGCUCGAAGCAAGCAGAGGAAACUCCAUGGCCUCCUUCCUCGCAUGAGCUUCGACCCGACCGCCCUGCUACUUGAAAUGACUAGCUCUUAGCACCAACUUUCAUUAAGCCAUUACAACAGUAGUGAGAUAUCUGCAAAUGCUGAAAGGCUUCAAAGUCAUCGGAUGUUCCUCUGACAGGCUGCUAUAAUACUGUUGCAGCCUGGGUGUUGUGCCUUGUUUUUAUGAGGGGAGGAAGGUCAGAUGAAUUUUGUCGUUGCCAGGCGUGCCUUGGGAAGUACACCCUACUUGGAGAUGAAGAAAAUCCACGAUUGUCAAUGUUUGAUAGACGACUCCCCUGUUUUGGCUGUGGAAUAGGCUGGUCUUGUUUUCUUUUAGGUUUCUUGUGCCCUAUUAUUUGGUACGUUGCAGCUCUUCUUUAUUGCUGCAAGUACUACAAUAGGGACCCUCGGGAGCGGCCUGGACUCGCUGCUUCUGCUGUCCUGGCAGUCAUCUUUACAGCUGCAACUAUUAUAACCCUCGCUGUUCUGCUGAUAUGUUGUGUAAACAAACGGUUCUUGAAUAGCUGUGCGAGUUGACCUGAAUGAUAGGUACAAGAUAUCUAUUACAAAGCUUUGGCAGACGAACUACUGACAAAAAUAUUCUUUACAUUCUUUGGUCCAUUUAUUGAUGGACUGCAUAUUAGCAUGAUACAUUAUCUGCAAUGUCAUGUAUUACCUGUGAGUGUACAUUACAUAUUACUGAACUUGUGGGCAUACCUGAAGAUAUGUUCAGAAAUUCCUUCUCUUCA